GAGUUGGCUAGAAAGGAAAACAAGCCGACAGCUCAUCGCCAUGGCUUCGCGAGCGGGACCCCGAGCUGCAGGCACUGACGGGAGCGACUUCAAGCACCGCGAGAGAGUAGCGUCGCACUAUCAGGCGAGCGUUUCCCUGAAGUCAGAAAUUCGGAAGUUGAACUUGGUCCACGUGCUGAUCUGGGCCCUUGUAGCAGCACAAGUGAUUGUCAACUACCUCAGCCUGGUGUCUCAUGAUGUGGUGGCCACUCCAUACCAGUGGGAGUACCUGUACCUUCUGAGCAUCUUCCCCUCCAUCUUUAGCUUCAUGUCCAUGCCUCGCAACAACAUCAGCUACCUUGUCAUCUCGAUGAUCAGCGCUGGGCUCUUCUGUAUCGCACCCCUCAUCUACGGGGCAAUGGAGAUGUUCCCAGUAGCUCAGCAGCUUUACAGACAUGGCAAAAUUUACCGCUUCAUCUUCGGUUUUUCUGCUGUGUCUGUCAUGUAUCUGGUCAUGGUGAUUGCGGUACAGGUGCAUGCCUGGCAAAUCUACUACAGCAAGAAGCUUUUGGAUGCCUGGUUUGUCUCCACUCAGGACAAGAAGAAGAAGUAAAAGGGCAAACCUGAGGCAAAUUAAAAAUCUUUAUUUUUUCUUUUGAAAGAAAAGACAGUUCAAUAAAGGGGUACACCAUGUAGAUUUUACUAUGUUUAUGCCAUGAGAUGUCCUACCCAUUAUCUUACCUCAUUAACUACGUAAUAAUCCAGAUUUAGACACUGAUCUGUGUCUGAAAGUAAGCAUGCACCAAGGAUUGACAGAAGUUCAAACUGGGGGAUUCUGGCUUGUGUUAUGGCCACUCUCGUUUAUUUAAGACUACGGACAUAUGAGACAGGACAAUUCUAUUUGUUUAAUAGUUUCCUUUUUUAUUGAUGAUACAGUUUGGAGGACUGGUGAGUGAUGUUUGUGAAUACCACAUUUUGCUGAGGGUAAUGAAUUUAUGUGUCUGAAGUGAAGCAGAGAUAAAUACUUUUUCGUUUGAGAUACAUCUGGUGUAUACACAAUGUGAUGCUCAUAGUGCUACUGUAUUUUCAACCUCGGACAAUAAAAAAAAAAACAAGA